GCAUUUUGGUUGUCCACCUAACAUUCAACAAUAUGUUUUAUUCAGUGUUUAUUGGUUGUUUCUGUUGUGUUUUCUUACUGGUCGAAAUAUCGUAUUCAGAAACAACGGAUGAAGGUGUUUCCGACUUAACCCUCCAAGAACUAUUGAGAAAAAUAAACGAGCAAGACCAUAAAAUUUCUACUUUAGAAGCAAUGGCGAAGAAAGACCGCAAAGAACUUACAACCAAAAUAUCGAAUCUGGAAGCAAAGAUAAGAAGAUCGGACUCUAGACAAAGUAAAUUGGAGAAAAGAAUAGACCGAAUGAAAAAGAUUAUCUCAGACUUGAAUUUUAAAACGGUGGCUGAAAAUGUUGAAAUUGACUCAAUACCGAAUGGAGACUAUCGCAAGAAUUCGACAGAAAAGACUAAACAGACUGCAAUAUAUCAAACUCUUAAAGCCUAUAGUGAUUACUCAAAUUCAAGUGAUGUUCAUAAAAGUCAAAGGAAGAGAAUUCUCACCGGUUUUACUUUCCCCCAAACACAUAAGGUAGCAUUUUAUGCAUACCUGAGCAAAUUUGAGAAAUCUCCUGGUGUGCACCAUACGGUGAUAUUUGACACAGUCAUCACCAACGUAGGCUCCUUCUAUAAUCAUCAUGACGGUAUAUUCACGACUCCAACAAACGGAGUCUAUGUUUUCAUUUGGAACCUUUACAGUUCAUUUCAUGAUAAAGUCAUGUCGGAACUAAUGGUCAACUCUGCAAGCAAGGGCACUAGACUGUCAAGUGGUUAUACCGUGAAUGAGGACCAUAGCUCCAGUGGUACUGUCGUGGUGGAAAUCAGCCAGGGAGAUGUGGUCUACAUUAGGACACACUCCACAUUUAGUCCCAUAGGAGACAUCGUCAGCUAUGCAAAUCUACAUCAAUCGUCAUUCUGUGGAUGUCGUUUGGUCUAA